CUAUGCCAACUCACACACAGACCACGAGCCAGUGUUCCAUCUACCAGUGCUGAAAACAAGAUGUGCCUUUCCGUAGGCUAACGUUACUAUUAAAAAGUUUGACAUGAAGCCCGCUACCGAACGCUUUAUGUACUUUUAACUGAUGGUAAAAGCCAGCUCUGCCUCCGAAGCUUCCCAGAGAAAGAAAUGGCCUCUUGCUUAGUGCCAGAUUUCCCAGCAGUGCUUCUCGCUUUGGAGCACUUGGGCGAGUUAGAAAAACAGCUGAAAGAUGAAGACGUCUCCUUCAGCCAAGAAGCAAGUCACCAUCUCAGGGAGAUAUCAACUGCUAUUAGAGAACUGGAGGCGUCCCGAAAGGCCGUCCAUGAGCAACUUGAAGUCGAAACCAUUGAGAGUGGCAAGGUCCGCCACCAAGUUCUUCGUUUUCGAGAUGACAUAACCAAGGAAAUUGCAGAUGGUGUGGCGACUGCAAGAAAUGUCAAUUCAACUCAGCUAAACCAACUUGAAGCUGAACUCAAAAGCCUUAUGGAGGAAAUUGAGUCAAUGGAAGUGAAACAAGGACUUCUUGAAGAGCAGAACGCCCUGCUUUACCCAGAGAGAGAAUGUGUGAAAAGAAACCAUGAAAAUGUCAUUAGCAUGCUCAACUUCCAACUGGCAGAGAAAGCCAACAAGCAGAUCUUGCUCAAUGAGAAGAUCAACGAGAUUGAAGAUAUUAAAGCUAAAAUAGCCAGUGUAGAGCUCAACAGAGGUGAACUACUAAGUGACAUCACCCAGGAAAGAGACAAGUUCACCGAGGCCAAGAAUGAUUGGGAAGAACAGAUUGAGCAAUACAUAAAUAGCAUCCAACAGCAGAAAAAAAACAAUAGCCUAAUGCACAGAGAACUGGAUGCUCUUUCAACUGAACUGCAGGAGAAAGAGGACAGGAAUGUGGAUCUCAGGAAUACAAUAUAUCAGAUUGAAAUGACCAUAGCCAGACUAACAGCAACAGAGAAAAAAUUUAAAAACCAACUCGCAGAGGAAACCAGCAAGUCAGAAGAACUUGAACAACAAAGAGUGUUUCAUAAAAAAGAACUUGCAGAGCUCAGAACGGCAUUCAGAAAGAAAGAAGAAUCCCUUCAGCAAAGCAUUUUAGAGACAGACACGGAGAUCACGGAAUAUGAGCUAUUGACUAGCGUUCACCUUGCAUCAAUCACAAGACUGACAGACCAUUUCAACAUCCAGAGGAAACUUGAGGAUGAUACCAUGGCUGAACACACUGCCAUGGCCAGGCGACUGGAGUGGUCUAAACUGAGACUGGACGAACGCAUUGCCUCCAUUGCCAAGUAUAAAUUAGAGAUCAGAGAGAUGGAACAGGGGAUAAGACAACUCCAUGAAACAACUGUAGUGAACACUGACCUGUUCAAGAGGAAUCUUGAGGAGAUGGAAGUACAGCUAGCAAAAGAAAAGAAGACCAGGGCGGCCUUUGAAAAUGAGAGAGAAGAACUCCAUCAGUCUCUUGAGGACCUGAACGUAGCGCAUGAGGAGCACAUGAACAAGGUCAAUGAAGCCAUCGAGAAUACCAAGGAGCAAAGCCACCAACUACAGGAGGAGGAGAAGAAGCUUCAAGACCACGUCUUCAUGAGCUCGCUCAUUGAGAGUCUCAAGAAGAUGGUGGCUGAGACUGCAGAGUCCACCAAGGAAAUGGAGAUUGCCUGCAUCGCUGAGAUCAAGCAAUUUGAGGAGGAGACUGAAGCUCUCACUAAACACCGGCUGGAGUUGGAGGAGCUGCUUGAGAUUGAGCAGUCGAUCUUGUCUGGCGUGGAGGGCGAGUUUGACAUCGACCAGGCCCGACACCAGACACUGACAAAAGAGACUACAGACCUGAAAUUUAAAAAAAUGCAAUUGGAGCUCUGUAUUCAGGAUACUCAAGACGACACUGUUGCCAUGCUCAGACCAAAGGAGGAGCUGAAGCUGGAAUUGGUGGAUCUGAGGAGGAAACACCUUGAGAUUCUGAAGUCCCAGGCAGAGCAGAUCAGUCAGACGGAGAGAGUCAUCUAUGAGAACGGCGUGAUGCUGGAGCAGGUCAACCGCGAGAACUGUCGCUUACAUGUUUGCAUUGAACAAAUGAAAGAGGACGUAUUCAAUGCCAACCAAGGUAAAGUGAGGCAUACCCAGGAAACAGAGUGGUUGCGAGAAGAGGUUGGCUCUCUGUUCAAAAGUCUGCUUGAUGCGUGGGAUAAUGACAUUGUGGUAACCAAGGAAUCUAAUGAGAAGGAUCUACAAAACUACAAAGCUUUUCAAAAUCUACUGAUGAAGCUGGAAAAUAGGAAAUACCAUAUUGGGAGUGUCAUUGACAAAAUGACAAAGGAGUUUGAGACUUUGACUGUCCUUUUAUCUCCUCAAAAGCUGUUAUGAUGUGAGUUGCUGUUUGUUAGUCACUGUACUACUUCCAAAUCUUGUGCUGUGUACUACCGUCUUUAAUUCCACAUUCCUCUAUUAAGCUGUAGUGUUUGACCAUCAAGCUUAGUACCAGCUCUGCAAUACAUCAUUUCAAAUCUUA